AUGGCUCCCUGGGAGGAUUAUUUAAAGAAAAUAUAUUUCGAUCCAAAACAUCCAGCCAGUUUUAGCGGCCCACAAAAGUUAUACAAUGCGGUGAAACGGGAGGGCAAUUAUAAUAUAGGAAUGCAUAGAAUUCGACAAUUUCUACAUAAUCAAGAAUCUUACAGUCUUCACAAACCAGUGAGAAGACGGUUUCAACGCAAUCAUGUUGUGAGUGCCGGCAUUGACGAUUUGUGGAUGGCUGAUUUAAUAGACAUGGUGAAAUUCGCCAACUGGAAUGAUGGUUAUAAAUACACCUUGUUGGUUAUAGACACAUUCUCCAAAUACGUUUGGCUACAACCAUUGAAAUCUAAAACUGGAGAAGAUGUGGCUAAAGCGUUUCAGCAAAUAUUUAUCAUUUCCAAGAGAUCACCUGCCAAGUUAAUCACUGAUAAAGGACAAGAAUUUCGCACCAAAAAUGUACAAGACGUUAUGAGAAAGAAGGACAUUCGCUACUUCCCUACUCAGAAUGAAACAAAAGCAUCUACAUCAGAGAGAGCUAUAUUAACCAUCAAGCGUAAAAUAUAUCGUUAUUUUACACACACGGAUGAUUAUUCAUAUUUACCGGUUUUGCAAGACAUGGCUGACAGUUAUAACAAAACCUUCCACAGAACGAUCGGAACAACACCGGCCAAUGUUGAAGAUGUUAAUGAAGAAGAAGUGAGAUUAGCUACGCAAGUUAAAGAAGUGCAAAAGUCGAGAAAAGAAGUUAAACGGAACAGUCAAGAAAUGAAAAAGGAAACAAAGUUUAAAGUGGAUGUUCAAAAGAACAUUCAACAGUUACUACUUGAAGCUCAGAUGAAACAACAAGAAAAAGAAAAGCGAAAGAAAAUGUCAUCAAUUAAGCUUCCAAAGAUAGAUUUGAUCUGUUUUAAUGGUGACAAAACAAGAUGGACAGAAUUUUAG